UUAUUCAUCUCACUCUUAUAUGCAAGGAGACUCGAAUAAAAGCGUUCUGUAAACUUUCUCCGUGGCACCACCAACUCUUCUCGCCGACUCGUGUUGUUAUUAUUGAUGUUCUUCAGUCACAGGAACUAACACCACGACGACGGCUGCGGUUUUGACAAGUUCCACGAUGCCGACUUAAGCCAAUAUCUUUGGGACACAUUUUAAUAUUUAGAUAAUCUCUCACACAAUAUUCUUUUAACGUGUGAAAAGGAGAAAAAAAAAAAAACCCUUUGGUUGUUGUGAAAAUCGAAAACCAUGAUAAAAGAAUACAGUCCUCUUGUACAGGCACUGCUCGGGACUUUAUUUACAUGGGGCCUCACAGCAGUCGGAUCGGCGCUGGUGUUUGCUUUCAGCAGUGGGCAGCGAAAAAUUCUUGAUGGCAGUUUAGGUUUUGCUGCAGGGGUAAUGACUGCUGCAUCCUAUUGGUCACUGUUAGACCCAGCUGUGGAAACUGCCCGGGUAUCCGGUGUUUAUGGAAAAGAUGGACAGUAUGCUUUUAUACCUGUGACAAUUGGUUUUGUCUUAGGCUCAUUAUUUGUUUGUCUAGCUGAUGUUUUAAUUACUAAUACGGGUAACAGUCCAACUAGCAUUGCCUUAGCACUUGACAAUACCUCAAAAUUAUGGAAAGAUGGAGAAAUAGUUGAAGAGCCAGAGAAGAAAAUUCAAAGUAAAGUUCUGUCAAAAAGGAAUUCUGAUUCUACUAUUCAAAUAGAAGACUUCCAGCACAUGCCAUUUCAACGUCGACGCAUGGUUACAGGUGAUCAAGGGCAGCUAUUAAAAACUAACAACAUCCAGGAACCCCUACAAGGUACAGGGGAUAGAAAAGAUACUUUGACUGAAAGUCUGGAAGCAGCAUCAGCUGCAGCAAGCUGGAAGAGAAUUUUACUGUUGAUUGUUGCUGUAACAAUUCAUAACAUUCCAGAGGGUCUUGCAGUUGGAGUAGGCUUUGGUGCAAUUGGCAAAAGCAAAUCUGCAACAUUUGAAAGUGCAAGAAACUUGGCUAUAGGUAUUGGAAUACAGAAUUUUCCUGAAGGUUUAGCUGUUAGCUUGCCCUUACGUGGUGCUGGCUUUUCAAUGUUGAAAGCUUUCUGGUAUGGUCAGCUAAGCGGUAUGGUAGAACCCUUAGCUGGACUCUUUGGUGUUCUGGCAGUAUCAAUUGCUGAACCAUUACUUCCUUAUGCACUGGCUUUUGCUGCUGGUGCAAUGAUAUAUGUUGUAUUUGAUGACAUUAUUCCAGAAGCUCAGCAGUGUGGUAAUGGUAAGCUCUCUUCAUGGUGCGCAAUCUUUGGUUUUUGUGUAAUGAUGUCAUUGGAUGUUGGACUUGUGUGAGAUGGGAUUUUGGCCUCCCUCUUCUGCUUGUGAUCGUAAGAUUGUGGUUUUGAUUCCUGGACUGGACAAUGCAUUAUGUCCUUGAGCAAAACCCUUCAUUUCACGUUGCUCCAGUUCACUCAGCUGGCAAAAAUAAGUAACCCUGCAAUGGACCAGCAUCCUAUCCAGGUGGGGGCAUAUAUAUAUGCCAUGAAACCAGGAAACCAACCCUUGUGAUUUGAAAAGGAAACUUUACCUUUGCCAGGAAUCUAUGAUGGAUCUGUUUUCUUAUUUCUGCAUUAGAAUUCUUUCUUUGACAGGUCAAAUGUGAAAACUAUUUGUGUUGUUUACAGUACUUUGUCAUGAGAACAUGCUUUGGUGAGCUAUGUUGUACAGCCUUCUUUUUCACAUCUACACUUCCAUGUCAGCCUGCAUAUUGUGGGAGUAAUUGGCAUAAUUGUUUUACAACAGGAUUCUUCCCAUUUAUAAUUGUACCAUCAAGUGUCACUUUCCUUCCUAGAAAUAACAAUUGAAACAAACUCUAUUUUCUUAACCCUUUUGCUACCAACCUACCUGAGGCUGCCC